AUGGCGCUCUCCGCGAAAAUGAGGAAUUUUACUGUUCCCGUUUCACCUAUUUAUUUUAAUGUGGCGGAAUAUUGUUUGUUUGGGAUAACAUUGGGUGUGAUUAUAGGAAUUAUAUUUUAUUUUGUAUUCGUUAACAAUAAAUACAAUACUGUAUCCGGGUUUAUAUUUGGCGGGAAAAAUAUGUCCACCGUGUCUGUGUCUUUGGCUCUUAUUGCGAGUCAUUUAACGAGUAUAACAUUACUCGGCGUGCCCGUAGAGAUAUAUUUGCGUGGCACACAGUACUGGGCGUCUGCAUUAUCACUUAUCAUCGUCACCCUCUUAACAGCUGUCAUCUAUUUACCAGUUUUCCACAAAUUACAGCUGUCCUCCAGUUUCGAAUAUUUAGAAAUACGAUUUUCUACACACACACGGACGAUAGCGGCUGUUUUAUUUGUCAUUAGCAAAUUAAUGUUGUUACCAAUCGUGCCUUAUGUACCUCUUAUGGCAUUUAGACUGGUCACAAAUCCCCUUGCAAGCAGAAUAACAGCAGUCACAUGUGUAGCCUGUUCCACGUUAAUAGCAGUAGCGGGUUUACGAGCGAUCAUUAGUAUUGGAAUAGUGACAACGUUCCUGGCAUUAGCUGGCACCGCCUUGCCAAGCGGUCUGGCUCUCUUGCCGAUGGGCUUUAAGAAGAUGUGGGAGAUUGCUGACCAUGGAGGACGUUUGGUGUUGUAUGAUCCAGAUCCUGAAUUGGCCCAUCACACCUCAUUCUUCGUCGUGACCUUAGCCCUCAGCACCAACUGGUUGUGGAAAGUGGCUCUAAGUCAGUCUUCAUUGCAGAAACUUCUAGCAGUAUCAACAAUAUCCAAAGCCAGGAUUUGCUUAGCAAUUUCUUGUGUGGGAGUAAUUUUAAUGAAGUUAUUGUCAUGUUUUCUUGGACUUACGCUAUAUGCUUGGUUUGCUGGUUGUGAUCCAUUGUUAACAGGCCAGAUAAAAAAGCACGAGCAACUGGUACCACAUUUUCUUAACAAUUUAGCUACAAUGUUUCCUGGUAUUUGUGGUAUCUUUAUCAUCUCUAUAUUUAGUGCAACGACUGGAUGUAUAGCAUCAAUAAUAAAUUCUAUUUCGGGAGUGUUAUUCGAAGAAUUCAUUAGACCAUGGAUGCCACAGAGUACGAGUGAAUUGGCCUGUUGCAAAAUAAUGAAGCUUCUUUGUUUAGUAGUAGGAUUGUACUGCGCUGGUGUUGUGUGGACAGCUAAAGAGCUGGAUAGACUACAGCAUGUGGCUUCAGGUGUGACUGGAGUUACUGCUGGCACUCUACUUGGCCUCUUCACAUUGGGCAUAGUGUCAUCAAGAGCUAAUUGUUCUGGAGCUCUAAGCGGAUGCCUCUUAAGCCUACUUCUAUGCGGGUGGCUACUCAUAGGAGCUGAAAACGCGUUGGCUACGGGAGCAUUGACCUUCCAGAGGAAACCAUUGCUAACUUCAGGCUGUGGGAAAGCUAAUUUCACACAUGUUUUGGUGAAUGUGACGACAACUGCGUAUAGUGCAGCAACGCAAAUGCCGACAAAGCCGCUGCAGUCUCUCUUUCGAAUCUCCUUUACAUACUGUCCGUUUGCUGGAGCGAUAACCGUACUCCUCAUAGGUAUUCCCAUGAGCUACCUCACCAAGUCCAAAACCGAUUCCAUGAACCCAGAUGUGUUCUGUCCUCUCACACAGAGUUUUCUUCACAAAUUGCCUGACAGGAGCACCUCAGAGUCGAUCGAGAUCAGAGCGCCGAAUUCACAAGAAAUAUACAUGGCGUUGGAUGAAGCUCUGAAACACUUGAAGGAGGUUAUCGAUAGAUAGAAAUAAAUAAUUGUUUUUUA